AUGGUACACCACUUCAAUGCUGGUGUGAUAAACAGUGGCCUAAACAUUAAGAACAUGGUUCAAAUCAGUAUGGAUGGGCCAAAUGUCAAUUGGAAAUUCUAUGACAAGAUAAAGGUGAAUUUGUCGGAAGAAUUUCAUACAACUCCAAUAAAUGUCGGCUCGUGUGGUAUCCAUACAGUGCAUAACAGCUUUAAGGCAGGUGUUGUGACAACUGAAUGGAAUGUCUCUUCCAUCUUGUCGAGCUUGUAUUAUCAUUUCAAGGACUCUCCUGCCCGAAGGGAGGACUUUGUGAAGGUAACAGGAAGUUCACAACUAGCACUUAAAUUUGUCAGCCACAGAUGGCUAGAGAAUGUUGUUGUCUCAGAAAGGGCCCUUAACAUUUGGAAGAGUAUUGAGUUGUAUGUCAAAGCAGUGAAAGAAAAAAGAAUCCCAAACCCUGGAAACAAGUCAUUUCAAGUGAUAAAAGAAGCAGUGGAUGACAAACUCAUCCUAGCCAAACUACAGUAUUUUAAGUGUAUUGCAAGUCAGUUACAGCUGUUCCUCACCAAUUAUCAAACUGACAAGCCAAUGGUUUGUUUCUUGGCAACUGAUCUCAGUACUGUCCUUAGAGAUCUUAUGAGGAGAUUUAUUAAAGAUGAUGUGCUCUCUAAAGCAACAAAAGUGGAGAAGCUAAUGCUAGUGGAUGUGGAGGACAAGAGCAACCACAAGAGCUACAAGAAAAUUGAUGUAGGGUUCUGCACAGAAAAUGCACUUAAGGAUGCUUGUGCAAAAGCCCAAAAAGAGGGGUCAUCCAUAAGUGACAAACAACUUAUGGCUUUCAGGCUUGAAUGUAAGAGCUUCCUCAUUGCAAUUCUGAAAAAAUUGGUCUUGAAGUGCCCACUAUCUUACUCCCUUGUUCGAAACAUGGUAGCUCUAGAUCCCAGAGAUAUGGCUACUAACCCAAAUAGCUGCAGCGAGAAAUUCAAGAAGAUCCAAACUGUGCUAGUCAAUUCGAACAAAGUAAGGGAUGAAAACUGUGACAAUGUCUUGCAACAAUAUUCUAACUUUUUGGACAGGGUUCCAGUCAUUGGUUCUGACAUAUUUUCAUCUUUCAACCCAAACGUUCAUAGAGUUGAUGAAUUUUGUUCCACCUACAUGAGUGGUGAGAAUUAUGUUGCAUUAUUUGACAUAGUGAAAAUUUUGCUGGUGCUUUCACAUGGGCAGGCAUCUGCAGAGCGGGGAUUUUCUGUCAACAAAGAAAUUGAAGUAGAGAACUUGCAUGAAUACUCUCUGGUAGCUCAGCGUAUCAUUUGUGAUCAUCUAAGGGCAGUUGGUGGAGUUCUCAAUGUGCCAAUUACAAAGAAACUACUUGCGGCAGCAGCUUCAUCACGACAGAAAUAUGAGAAGCAUCUACAGGACCAAAGGGACAAAAAAAAGACACAUGAAGAACAGAGGAAGAGAAAACAUGCCCUGGACGAGAUUGAGGAGCUUAAAGAGAAGAAGAAAAGGAUGAAACUAGAUGUAGACUCUCUCUUGAAGUCAGCAGAUGAUUUGAGCUUCAAAGCCGAGGCAACUGGGCAGCUGACUUUUGUCACUAAGUCCAAUGCUCUUAGAAAGGCAGCCAAAGAGAAGACUCUUCAAUUACAAGAAGUUGAAGACAAAUUAAAUGGAAAGUUAGAAGCUCUAAAGGGCUGCUGA